ACGCCUCACAAUAAAAUCUAUCAAAAUAUUAUCUGAAACUUACACGGCAUGGAAAACAGCAGAAGAGUCCAAAACUACUGAAAAUUCCCCAUUGCCAAUUGGAAAAGAUAUCACCAUCUUACAUGUUAAAGGGAGCCUGCCUAGGUAAUCAAAGCUUCAAUAAAGUCAAAAAGUGAAGUAGGUUUGGAUCCAUUAUUUUCAGCAUUAUUCCACCUCCACCGCCAAUGCGCAAGACUCUAGUGAACCAUCUUAGACUUGUUCUCUCUAAGACAUUUACAGAGUGAAAUGCUCUCAUUACGCCAUCUGUCAACAUUUGGUAGCUUCUGACUUGUUCUCUUGCCCUUGUGCUCAUUGUCCUCUCCUUGGACUCUUCUCCCCAACUAUGUCUCCGAACCAUAUAUAAACAGAGUUACCCCUUCAAGUUUCCGCCCUGCAACUCACCUCUGAGAACCAUUUAUAUAUUUUCAAGACCCUAGGGCAAUGAUCCAAUCAGACCCACCUCUCCUUGACCAUUAUGGAGCUCUUUUAUGCCACUCAACUCAAUGUGAUGAGCCUCAAAGCCGACUCAUCAUGGAAGAAUGUCAACUUCCUUUAAUUGACUUGAGUGAUCUAAGCAGUCGCGAUGAAAUGAUUCGCCAAGCCUGUGCUGCAGCCAUUUGUAGAGCAUCAUCAGAAUGGGGAUUUUUCCAAGUGGUGAACCAUGGCCUUAGCCCUCAACUAGUUGGGAAGAUGAGAAGUGAACAGGUGAAGUUGUUCCAAACACCCUUUGAAAGGAAAGCUAUUUGUGGACUUCUGAAUAAUUCGUACAGGUGGGGAAGUCCUACGGCUACUUGUCCCAAGCAAUUCUCCUGGUCUGAGGCUUUCCAUGUCCCUCUUACCAAGGUUUUAGAUGAAGCUUGUUAUGGAGAGUUUACAUCUUUAAGGGAAGUGAUGAUAGAAUUUGCAUCUGCUAUGUCAAAACUGGCAAGACUUCUAGCAGGGGUUCUGACAGAAAAUUUGGGCUAUGGAAAGGAAGUGAUCGACAAUAUAUGCGACCAAAGCACUUGCUUCCUUCGCCUGAAUCACUACCCAGCCUGUCCAAUAUCUCCGGAGAUUUAUGGUUUAGUGCCCCACACUGACAGCGAUUUCCUAACAAUUCUUUUUCAAGAUGAGGUAGGGGGACUUCAACUAAUGAAGGACUCCAAGUGGGUGACAGUAAAACCCAACCAAGAUGCUCUUAUAGUCAACAUUGGUGACCUCUUCCAGGCAUGGAGCAAUGAUGUUUACAAAAGCGUGGAGCAUAAUGUGGUAACUAAUGCAAAGAUGGAGAGGUACUCAAUAGCUUAUUUCCUGUGCCCUUCUUACGAUUCUUCGAUCGGGAGCUUCACAGAACCUUCCAUCUACAGAAAAUUUACUUUCCGAGAAUACAGAGACCAAGUUCAAGAAGAUGUAAGAACAACAGGCUACAAGGUUGGCCUUCCAAGGUUUCUACUUGAGGGGACAGAGGAUUUGACAAGACGUAAGGUGUCCAACACAACAUCACAGGCAACAGUUAGAUGAAUACUAAAAAACAAUGUCUCUUGCAAAAAUUUUAGCCUUUAGGAAUCCAAGUAGCAUACGUUAAAAAGCAAAAAAGGAGAUAAAAGAUCGAUACAAAGCUAUUCUAAGACAUUUCCAGGGAACCAAUAUGUUCAUUGUACUAAUAAGGUUUUGUAAUCAAUAGUAUAUAACUUUAGUCCGUCCUUAUUUUGGAUUUGUGCAUUGGAGGGGCUGUUGUCUUUUUGUUGGGAUAAGGUUUACGUGAUUAAAAAA